CCGGCCUCAGGGCCGGACCGUCCGCACCUCAUUUUGGUGCUCAACACUAACAUUCAGGAGUCCAAAAAAACUAUAUCGUCCGAAGCUAAUAAAAUAGCUUCCGGCUAGAAUAUAACUUUAUCUUGCCUUGUAUAUCUCAGUGUGGUUGUUUUAGAAGAAAAAUGAAAUAUAUACUGACCUCAGACAUUUUUCAUAGUUUUGGUUUGGGACUUUGGGUAACUGUUGAUUAAGUUUGAUCAACGAAGAUUGUCUAUCUUUUAUAAGUCUAUGUGAUCGGAGACCAACACUGUGGUGUGUUGGUCCUGUUGUUGAUCCUGAUCGUCGGAAGGCGUUAUGCAUGCAGAGUUGCAUGACGAAAGUGCUAUAUCUGGCUUGGUCGGAGUUAGGACAAGCAUCAUCCUACAAUGAAGCAGAGCCAGUGAGACACUGCACUGCCAACACGCCGACGCAUGCACGCCUUGUUUUUCUCCUCGCCUCAAGCUACACCUGACCCCAAAGAAAGAACACAUGAGAAAAAAAUUGCAUUCUCGAAGGAAAGGAGAGACGAUGGACCUAGUCGACGCGUCGCCGCUGGAGGUCUCGCCACGGACGGUGAGUUGUCGGCGGACGAAGCCGUGGAGACGGAGCAUCAGCAUCGGGCGUAGCAGUAGCGGCGGCGGGGGCAGCAACAUCGAGUACACAAGCCUCCGCGAUGUAUUGGAGGAGGAGGAGUGCGGCGGCGGAGGCGCCGGCGGCGACUGCGUGGGCGGCGGGGGCGAGCAGCACCAGCAACAACAGCCGUGGCGUUGGGGCAGCAGCUGGGGCGAGUACUCGUGCCAUGACAUCCACGAAUUCGAUGCGUCCAACAUCGGCAUCCGCAACCAGCUGCUAAAGCACGCGGCGUCCGCGUACCUACAGUCGGCUGUGGUCGUGGCGGCCGGCCGCGACCAGGGCUGCUGCCUCACCCGCCUCUGGCGCCGGGCACAGCUCCGUGCCGGCGGGCGGCGCGGUCGGGGCGGCCGUGGCCGCGUGCUCAUGCGCGCCUGCUCAUGGCAGGGCUGCGUCGACGACCCCGCUGCGUUCCUCGCUCGCUCCGCUCGACGCCUCGCCUCGUUCGUCGCCGACCGCGUCAGCGCCAUCUGGGCAUGGUAGCUUUGGCACUGCCAUCUGUGGAACUCCUUGCCGAGUUCGGAACUCGAAAAGCACUAGCUAUUUAUAUGUAUGGUCUUCAUCGAUCCAACAAUGGUUUUGCAGUUUUCUCUCGCAUCGCUAUUGCGUAUGCGCAACCUAAAACAACCUUGAUAGGUGUAAAAAUGGCAGUAUGCCCUUUCGCCAUGAAAUGCGACCAGAAGGGAUAUUUUAUGUGCUGUUGUUGGAGCGAACCAUGGCAAUCGACGGUUCGUCUCCGAAUGGCAUCAUUUAUAUUCUUUUGUGACCAAUGGGGUAGCAAUAGCAAUAUAGCAUUUGAUUUGGAUAUGGUUGUAUCUGAAUUAAUCCAUACUGCAAGAACUAAAAGGGAUUAUGACGUUAACAGAAGUAGCUACAAUGCUACAUAAUUGACCUCA